UGCAGGAAUGAGCAAUCUACGUGUGACGGUAUUUACGACCAUCUGGCAAUCAACGUACCUAUACAUGAAUGAGAUGUGCCAUCUGAGCGUAUCGGUAUCUUCGGCCAUCUGGGCAACCAUCGAACCACCGCCUUUCACGUGAAUGAUAAGACAAUAGUACAAGGACAAUGAGGUCGCAAGACGUUUUUUUUUGAAGAAAUGCCAAUCACCGCCCCUUUCGUUCUCCUCGUUGCCCUCGCACUAUUUUCCACCACCGAUUGCAAAAAAUGCGUGAAAGGUGACAACAACAAGAGUGUCCACUUGGAGGCCGGAUAUGACUACUGUUACUCAAGAUUGAAUAUCAAGACAAAUGUUAUGUCCUAUGGAGGAAUGACCGGACCAACAACCGUCUUCAAUGAGGACCCGAACCCGAGAAAUCUCAUUAAAACAUAGAAGCCGGAUCCGAUGAGCUAACCUGUUAUUGCAAACCAUCAAGAUGCAACCACAAAACCAAUCCUGAAGACUUCCUCUAUGACUCACUGGACCACAAAAAAUACUGAUUGCCCUUCGCUACCUCAUUGUUGUUAGAAUUGAUUGUUAGUUCAAAUUCAAUUACUCUACCUCCUUGUAACCCUUACCUCUUGUCCGAAUUACCUGAUGUUCACUGUCACGAUAGAAAAAAGAAACAAUAAGUGCACAACUUUGAUAAAUUGUUAUUAUGAAAACUAUUUUAGUUUUUUUUUUAAUUCUGAAAAGCAGAUGAAAAUUUA